CAGAUUAUCGUAGAAUUUGAAGAGAAAAAAAAAAAAACUUCAUUGAACUCCACAGGACUGUACAGAGUUAAAUUUCACAAAAAUUACAAAAUAUACUGAAAUCUUAUUAUUAUUUAGUGCUCGUCAAAUGAACCCUUUAUUGCCACCUACCUCUUUUUAGUAGUAGCAGCAACAACUUUCUUUUUCUUGAACUCUCAACUCUCCAAAGCUCUUUGGAUAUUGAUUACUGAAAAGGCCAAAUAGUUAAUUUUGUUAGAAUUAAUAGUAAAUGGCAGGUGGGUAUAGAGCUGAAGAUGAUUACGAUUAUCUGUUCAAGUUGGUGUUAAUUGGGGAUUCUGGGGUCGGCAAAUCCAACUUGCUCUCUCGAUUCUCCAGGAACGAGUUCAAUCUUGAAUCUAAAUCUACUAUUGGUGUUGAAUUCGCUACCCGUAGCAUUAAGGUCGAUGAUAAGAUCAUCAAAGCCCAGAUUUGGGAUACUGCUGGACAAGAAAGGUACCGUGCAAUUACAAGUGCAUACUACAGAGGUGCUGUCGGUGCAUUGCUUGUGUACGAUAUCACUCGACAUGUCACAUUUGAAAAUGUUGAGAGAUGGUUAAAAGAGCUUCGAGACCAUACCGACCAAAAUAUAGUCAUAAUGCUCGUUGGGAACAAGGCCGACUUACGUCACUUGCGUGCUGUUUCAACAGAGGACGCCAAGGCCUUUGCUGAAAGAGAGAGUACCUUCUUUAUGGAGACUUCAGCACUUGAGUCCUUGAACGUUGAGAAUGCAUUUACAGAAGUAUUGACCGAGAUAUACAAGGUGGUAUGUCGGAAAGCACUCGAAGUUGGGGAUGAUCCUGCUGCGUUGCCGAAGGGGCAAACUAUAAAUGUUGGCAAGGAUGAUGUUUCAGCUGUGAAAAAAGUUGGUUGCUGCUCUGUCUAAGCUAAAAAAAAAUCAAGACAUCAGUGAAGUUAAGCUUCCAAAUGGCUUCUCCUAUAGUUGCAUUGAGUAUUCCCAGUUUUGAAAAUCUUAGGAAAUGAUGUCUCUACUUAUAUUAUUCCAUUCCACCUAUGUAUUGUUUCAUUAAACUUACCUUUAGUUUGUACCCUAUUUUGCUAGUCUUUUGACUCUUUGCUUCUGUUUUCAUCCAAUUUACUGAAAAGAUUUUUACUAUUAUUUAUAUACAUUUACAUUAUAUUUUA